AUGGAGUCCUCCAAUAAAGUCUCCUUUUCCAUUCCAUCACUGAAAAUACCUUCUUUAGCGUCGUCCUCUGAUGCUGUCAAAGAAAAGGAAAACAACGCUCCAAAACGAAGAUCUUUCCAGCCGUCUCCAGUUGUUAAGCAUUCACCGCGUGCCGACGUGAAUUAUUCGUCGGAGAGAAAGCCAUCCUCUAGCCUACGAACGCCGUUAGUUUCCAAACAACCUUUGCAACAAAAGACUCCCUCCUCUGCUUUACGAAAAUCAGCUUCGAAACCACACAGGGUCCUUCGAUAUGGUGAAUCUAUGGAAUCUGUAUUUUGCCUUUCUCAAGGCUCAACCGAGCGGCAUCGUAGCUUAUGCGAAGGCAUCGCCGACGGAUCAUUAGCUGAUGAUCCAUCUGCUUGGCGAAAAGUACUAGAACUGGCUGCGCGCUCCGCCUCUUCUUCGUCUUCAUCGGAAUCAGAUCUCUUUCGAUUGCACAGGCGGGCCAUUAUUCGAUUUCCACUCGAGAAGAAACAAGACAGCAGCGAUGUCGAAGAUGUUCUUUCCAUUUGGAUAUCUUAUGCUGAAGCUCAUGCCAUAAAUGGAGCAAUCGACGAGGCUCGUAGGACCUUUCGGCACAUCGAGAAUCAAUCUACCACUCUCAAUGCGGAAUACUAUCUUAAGCAAGCUCACAUGGAGUCCAAGCAUGAUAAGGAACGAGUGGAAGGAAUUCUCAUCCGUGGAAUCAAUAAAAAAGCUUCGCCAACGGUCGAACUUGUUAAUGCGCUACAAAAAUGGAGAGGCAAGAAUGGAGGGUCAAGACGAAGUGGCGAAUCAUCGACCAUCACUGAAAAGAAGACGACGAAUUACUCUACUUCUCCCAAACGAGAAGCUCCGCCAAUCAUUGAAAAAAGAAAUCACUCUGGAUCUCCUAAGCGCGAAGCACCCACUUCAACAAUACUCACAAGCUCCAAACGAAUCAAGACCGAAACUGGAGGACGUCGUAAGCUGCUCACGCGCAAGACUUCCCCACAACCCUCCAUUGAAAGUACUGUCGAUCAUGAAUCCAAGAGCAAACGAACUUCCCUUUCUGCAACUCCAACUAUUGCCAAAGCAGACCGUAAACCAAUUCGUUUGCUAGCAUCCAAGCGCCUUAGUAGUAUGGGAUCAUUGGGUCAACCAGCUCGUGUCAAUCCCGAUCAAGCAGCCGCUGCACACGAGUCGGAAAGUGACGGUGAAACGGAUAUUCCCGCAGCUCACGGCAAACAGGCAGAGCUCUCCAAUGCGACUCUGAACGAUACCGCCACUCUCAAGCCCAAGCUGAAGAAGGUUGACUUGGGAUACAUGUGGGAUUGGGACCCUAGCAGCAGAACAAAGGAAACCAAAGCGCAACCUACUGGGACACCAUCACCAGAUGAUCCGAACACCGAGAAUCCGAGUACAUCUCAAGCAACAGGAUCUACUUCAAGCACUGUCGUAUCGACCACUAGUUCUGACAGCAAUCAUAGUCAGACCGCUGACAAGGAGAAAGAUGUCAAGACACCGGCAAGUCAAAAGUCGCCCACGGAACAAACCGAGUCCGAAAUCAAGCCCGAGCCUCUCGCUAACAUCAACCGAGAGUUUCUUCCCUUGGUCCACGAAGCCAAUGUUCUCCGAGUCAACUCUAAAUCCUACGUCAAACUUGGAGUGAUUGGAAAGGGAGGCUCGUGUAAAGUCUAUCGUGCGUUGACGAAAAAGUGCGAAGUAGUUGCAAUUAAGAAAGUCAAGCUGGAAGGAAUGGACGCAAAGGCUAUUGAGGGAUAUGCCAACGAGAUUGCUCUUCUCAAACGUUUGCGACAGAACCCUGCAAUCAUUCAUAUGCAUGAUAGCGAAGUUGACUUGAAGCGAAAAUCAAUUUUUGUUGUCAUGGAGCCAGGGGAAACUGAUCUCAAUCAAGUUUUAAAGAAGCGGGCCGAUGCCGGAACCUGCCGAUCCUUGAACAUGAACUUCAUUCGUCUAACGUGGCAGCAGAUGCUCAGUGCGGUUCAUUCCAUUCACCAAGAACGAAUCAUUCACAGCGACUUGAAGCCGGCUAACUUCCUCUUUGUUCGAGGGGCUCUGAAACUAAUUGACUUUGGAAUCGCAAAGGCCAUUCAAAGCGACGAUACCACGAAUGUUUAUAGGGAAAGUCAAAUUGGAACACUGAACUACAUGUCACCGGAAGCAAUCAUGGAUGAUGGAUCGGGUGCCGACGGUCCCCGAAUGAAGAUUGGAAGGGCUUCAGAUGUGUGGUCCCUCGGCUGCAUUCUUUAUGAAAUGGUUUACGGAAAGACUCCGUUUGCCAAAUACCACUUUAUCCAGAAAUUACAAGCCAUUGUCAAUCCGAAUACCAAAAUCGAUUUUCCCGACGACGUCGAUGCCACUGCUGUUGACGCCAUCCAACAAUGCUUGCGACGAAACCCCGAGGAUCGUCCACCAAUUAUGGGAAGCAGUGGUCUCUUGAAUGAACAUAUCUUUCUGCAUGGCGGGAAGAAGAGAUCAGCAUGA